CACUCAUUCAUUGUUGGGUGCUCUGACUGGUUGUUGCAAUUAGGGAAUUAUUUCACAUACUGCAAUAAUUAAGAGUUAAGACAAUGAGCUAUAACAGAUCAAACAUAGGUUCUGGUAGUAGGAAUGUCGGAAGGAACACAUUUGAGUUUGGAAGGACUUAUGUGGUCAGGCCCAAAGGAACCCACCAAGCAACUAUCGUUUGGUUACAUGGCAUUGGUGAAAUGGGAUCAAGUUGGUCCCAGUUCUUGGAAUCUUUGCCUCUUCCAAAUAUCAAGUGGAUCUGCCCAACUGCCCCAAGUCGCCCGAUAGCUUUAUUUGGUGGAGCAGAGUCUACUGCAUGGUUUAAUGUUGAAGACAUGUCAGAGAAUUCUACUGAUGAUGUGGAGGGAUUAGAUGCUUCGGCAACACAUAUUGCAAAUAUGCUGACCAACGAGCGUGAUGAUAUUAAACUAGGUGUUGCUGGCUUUAGUAUGGGAGCUGCUAUGGCUCUCUACUCUGCUACAUGUCGUGUUCUUGGGCAAUAUGGUAAUGGAAACCGAUACCCAAUCAACCUCAGUGUGGCAGUGGCUCUCAGUGGCUGGCUGCCAUGUUCCAGGAUCGUAAGGAGCAGAGUUCAUGCAUCACAAGAGGCUGCAAGACGUGCAUCAUUACUACCUAUUUUGCUCUGCCAUGGACAAGUUGAUGAUAUGGUUGAUUACAAACAUGGGGAGAAAUCUGCACAAACUUUACGGACGACUGGAUUUCAAAACAUGACAUUUCGUACAUACAAUGGGCUUGGUCACUAUACGAUACCAGAAGAAGUGAAUGAUGUUUGUUGUUGGCUCGUUGCAAGGAUGGGGCUUAGUGGAUAUGGGGUGUGA